AUGAGCUCCGACGUUGACGAAGACCAUGAUGCACCGGGACCCUCGAAAUUCAAGGGUAAUCAGCAUCGUCGAGGAACACUGUUGGACCAGCAUCCAGAGUUGCCUUCACUGAUUCAGAAAUGUAUCAAUGAGCAUGUCCGACAGGGAGAUAUUCCUGAAUUGCUGUCAAAAGAGCAUGGCAUCAAUAUUGGUCUCCGAAGCAUCGAGCGAAUCAUCAAGAUGCGAAAUCUCAGCACGACACGCCAUUCCCACCUUACAGAUGUGGAGAAGGUGACCGCCAUUCUUUCGGUCACAGAGGAUGACCCGUUGGGCCGAUGGGGCGGGCGGAAGGUCAAGGAGAAGCUGGCACUAGAUGGUGUUCAUAUAUCUCUACCACAGAUCAACGACAUCCAACGUACUGUCAACGCCGAAGCAGUCAGCAAGCGCCACCCGGGAACAAGAAAGGUCCACAAGAGCGGUCUAUUCAGCAGUGGGCCCAACGAGGAAUGGUGCAUUGACGGACACGAGAAGAUCUUCGAGGCUAUGGGCAUCGGCAUCUAUGGCAUCAUCGACAAGUACUCACGGAAAGAGCUCCUUCUCCUUGCGAUGCGUUCAAUUCGGCGCGCGAAUAUUCCUCCCGCAGUGUAUCUUCAACUUGUCCUUGAGCUGGGCGGGAUUCCAGUGCAAACUACAACGGACAUGGGCACCGAAACUGGUGUACUUGCAGCACUUCAAACAAGUCUUCGGUGCGGUACACAGCUUUCUAAUGCUACAGAGUUUGCUCAACUUGAAAUUGACAGCCAGGAAUCAUUUCCGGAGCUCUCGCUCGAAUUGGUCCCUGCCCAUCGCUCAGUUAAAAGCGUUUAUAAUAUUACGCGUGAACGAAAUUGGCGUCCUUUGUGGGAGAAAGAUCUUGCCAACAUCCGAUUUCAGUACGAAACUGGCAAAAUCGACGCUGGAUACCAUCCGACCGACCCAAUUCACCAGCAAGUAUUGUUUCUCCCUUUCUCCAUUGGUUUUGAUUCAGUCUUCAGGGAGGUGGCUGUAUUUGUUUGGGGUAUGGCUGUUCAGCGCCGGCUGGACGAGCAUAAACACGAAAGUGCUCUCCAUCAGAUUCGCAAACAGCGCAAAUCAUUGCUUCCAACUGGAGGACGGCCAAGGGACUUCUAUAACCACCCAGAGCGUUGGGGCGGGACCAAUCAACUCAUUGCGGUGGACUCAAGCAUCAUAGAUAAGCUAAUCACAGAGAACACACCCUCCGAUCUGCGUCAAUUCACAUCAAGUGCGGUGAUGGAGGCACUGUGCCAGAUGGCAUAUAAGGCAGUGGGUUCACCAGAGGUCAGUUCCCGGAAUGCAUGGAACACCUUUACAGCGAUGGUUAACGAAAUUUCUGUGGUCAAUAGCAUGUAG